AGCGCUCUCCACUCCCUGGGUCAGCCAAAACCGACUGCUCCUUCAAGGGGGGAAGCGGAAGAACCGGAUGACGACGAAGAGGAGAAGAAACGGGAGCCAAUCGACGCCCACUCCAGCGAGCACUCGGACAGCGAUGGAAGCCAGUCCGAUGCAGACAAUGUGGUGCCGCCUACCUCAGACGAGGUCGCCAAGGACGAAGAAGAAGAAGAAGAAGAGGAGGAGGUGGAGAAGGACGAGGAAGUUGGUAGACUGGCUAUCCAUCACUUCGCUAUGGACCCGAAGGCGACCCCUCUGCAGCAACAGCUGCUCAAGUCCGUCAAAGAGGAGGACAUCUGCCGUGUAUUUCCUGGAUCAGCUAAGCUCACAUUCCCCGAGGCGCCAAGUCGUCCGUCUAAGGCUUCCACUUGA